AUGAGUCAAUAGUUAAAUAUAAGUAAUGGGGAGUAUUUUAAGUUGCUUGAAAAAGGAGUAAAAAUAACAAGAGGAGCAGUAUAGAAAUAAUAAACAUAUACUGAUAAUCAAAAUAUUAGUUAGUCAUUUAAUGAGUAAAGUUCUGGGGAAUAAGGAUUGAGUAGCUCCCAUCAUCAGAGUGGCAUGAUAUAGCUAUCUAGUCAUAAUGAAUAAUAGAAGAAAUCUUAAAAAUAAAAGAAAUCUCACCAUAAAAAAUUACCAAACUCAUGUUCAUCAUGUGCUAGUUAAGUUGUUGAAAAUUCUUUAUGCAAUGAAUGUCUAAUUAAAUACGAGAACAAUAAAUAUUGUAUUUUAUGCAAAAAGUCAAUGGUUGAAAGGGAUAAAGCAGAAAAUAUAUGCGAGUGUCGAGAUUGCGGUUUAUAUGUUCAUAAGAAGUGUGAACCCCUAUUUAAAGAUCGUAAACCUAUUUUCGACUCUUAUAGAUGUCCCAAAUGCCGGAUAGAAUUAAGGAAGGUAAUCUUUUCUGAGCUUAUCCGAUAUUUAACAUAUUUUGAUGAUGAAAAGUUAUUAUGGCAAUAUGAUCCAAGUUCUGUUAAAUAUAGAGAAGUAAUCAAAAACCCUAUUGAUUUUGACACUAUUCAUAAGAAGAACAAAAAGGGUGAGUAUUUAGAUAAUCCUGAACUUAAACUCUAUGCAGAUAUUAAAUUAAUGUGCUCUAAUUUUUUGGAAUUCAAUUUAUCAAAUCCUAAAGCACAUCGUAAAGGGAGUAUACUAAAGAUUUUAUAUGAUAUUCUGUUUCAAUAAUUCAGAGGUUACUUAAAAUUAACAGACGAAGAUCUAUUAACAUAUAAAAACAAUAUUCAUUUGUUUACUUCAGAAAAUGUCCAAUUGGCAUUUAGAUAAUUUUUGAAUUAUGGGUUUGGUGGAAAAGACUUAGUAAACCUAGAAGGGAUAAAUAAUUAUAUCCCAUUAUGGGAACCAUAAUUAUUGAGUAUAACAUAACCAGUACCUCCUAGAAACGUUAAAAGUAGUCUAAUUUAAUGGGAAAAGACUAUUAAUUUAAAUUUAGAUUUUGAAAAUGAAGAUGAACCAUUAAUUAAAUUAAAUAUGAUAGAUUUCUUGAAGUAAUAAGUUCAAAGAGAAAUAAAAAUCAAGAUUGAUAUUAAUAAAAUUACAUAGAGACACCCAUAUUUGGAUUAUUUAUUUAAACUGGAACCACCUUAAUUAACUGAUGAUUCGAUUGAUUCUCCUUAGUUGCAAUAUAUAGUAAAAGAUCUGUUAAUUAAAGAUUUAAGUACUGUUAACUUAGUUCAACCUUUCACAAUGAAAGUAGGAUGUCCUGAAUUGAUUUUUGAAUAUAUUUGUUGUUCAUGUGGAGGAUAUGAAUUUCUUGAUAAUUUAUUGAUGUGUGAAAACUGCAAUAAAACAUAUCACUUCUACUGUCAAAUUAAUAACUCUCAAUAUCACUAAUAGAGAGUCAUGAAAUCCUUAUAAAAUUGGACAUGUAAUAAUUGUGUUAGAUGUAAAGAAUGUGAUAAGUAUGGGUAAAAAAAUGAUUUAUUUUGUUGCAAUUGUAAUGAAUUUUAUCACUUCUAAUGUGUCUUCAAUAAUUUCAUUGCUCCUACAGAUGGGCUAGAUUAUUGGAAAUGCAAGAAUUGUUUCAAAUGUGCCAAUUGCCAAACUACUAAAUUAUUUGGUCCAGAACUAUUAUCAAGAAUCAAACCAACAACAACUUCGAAUACAGUGCAUAUAAGCAUUGAAUACUUCUAAAAUUUUCAAUAUUGUUUAAGUUGUGGUCUAGAUGUAGCUGGUUUUAGAUUUUGUUAAUUUUGUGAAGAGUACAUAUAAAUCUAUAAUGAUUAAUAAUCUGAUGACUGCAUCGAAAUAGAAAAUUAGAAACUUGGAUCAUUGUAUAGAUUAUAUUUCUAAGACAAAGCAAUGUUGAUAAAAUAUAUUUAAAUAAGGAAACGAAGCCUAUCAAAUAAUAUAAACAAUGUGUAAAAUGUAAACAAUUCUAUCAUGUUACUUGUUUGUUGA